CAUGUUUGUAUUGGCAUCCUACUGCAGAAAUGCAUUCAGUGAGAAAAGACUGAAGAAAUCCAAAUGUGUGUUAAAAAAUCAGCUCUUACUCAUAGAGGAAAUCUGAUCUGCUGCAGUACGGAAACAUCAGCAAUGACAUGGUGAGACAAAUUCCUUAGGGAGCUGCCUGUUUUGAAGCCAAGUGUUCAUGAUAUGAUCCAGCUGACUUACAGGAAUCAACAACCUCCUUGUGAAUAAUGAUUAAAAACGGAUCCCACCUGGAUGCUUUGACGCUGGCAAUGCUCCAGAAUAAAACUGUCUCCAUCACUCUCCCAGUUGUGUAUACAGUGGUGGCUCUGAUCAGCAUCCCUGGCAACUUGUUCUCCCUUUGGGUGCUCUGCUGGCACAUUAAACCCAAAACACCUUCUGUUAUCUUCAUGAUCAACCUAAGCAUCACGGAUCUCAUGCUGGCCAGCUGCUUUCCUUUCCAGAUUUCUUAUCACUUCCAAAGCAAUCACUGGAGCUUUGGCAAGACUCUUUGCAGCCUUGUGACUGUGAUGUUCUACUCCAACAUGUAUUCUUCCAUACUGACCAUGACCUUUAUCAGCAUUGAGCGGUACAUGGGUGUGGUAUACCCCAUGAAGUUGAUCAAGUGGAGAAGAAAAAGAUAUGCCUUUGCUGCCUGUCUAGUUAUGUGGAUUUUCUUGCUACUAGCCUUGUACCCAUUAGAAAGCACAGAUCUGACCUAUGAAGUGAAAGAAUUGGGGAUUAUAACCUGUUUUGAUGUCCUAAAAUGGGAUAUGCUGCCCAACUUUGAAACCUGGGUAGUCUUUCUCCUCACCCUAUUUGUUGUCCUCUUCCUGAUCCCUUUUGUUGUAACAGUUGGAUGCUACAUUGGCAUCAUUCGGAAGCUAAUUCAGACAUCGAACAGAUAUGGUAAUAAGCAGAAGACUAGAUCCAUCUACCUGGCGACAAUUGUCCUUCUGGUGUUCAUCACUUGCUUUGCCCCCAACAACUUUAUCCUACUUGCACAUAUGAUCAUCCGCCUGUUUUAUGACAGCAGUUUGUACCCUGCCUACAAGCUCACCUUGUGCCUCAGUUGCUUCAACAACUGCAUAGAUCCCUUCAUUUAUUAUUUUGCAUCCAAAGAAUUUUACCAGAAAUUCAUGCAAUUGUUUCGCCCAAAGGUACUGCUCAGCGACAGCUUAGAAACCAGAAGGGAAAGUUUAUUCUCUGGCAGGACCAUGUCAGCCAGGUCAAUGUCAAGUGGACCUAUGGAUGGGUUAGAGGGAGUAAAAGUCUAUUUGCAAAGGCAGGAAAGUGUUUUUUAGCUUUAGACAUGCCCAGAAGAAAGACAUGUGAGAUUCAUGAGUAAACAAAGAAGAUAUUUCCAUUUGAAUGGCUACUCUCAAAAUACCUGGCUUUUGUGACAGAACUCAAUCUGUACUUACAUUGCACAUUCUACUCCAGUAUUUUCUGGUAAGAAAUGGAAGCCUUAAAGGAAUUGAGUUUAUUUAAGAAGGCACUGAAGCAAACUCAACAUUAAUAAUUAGGAGUUGGCUUGGAAGUAGCCCUACCACAUGAGACCAAGGGAUGAAUUUAGGACAAAAGUUACUCUCAGGUUGUACAAUAGGGUUUAACCAAAGACUUGUGAUUCUCUGUGAAUGUGAACUAUUACUGUACACGAAUUACAGCAUACACUGAAGCUGGGUUUGGGGCAAGGGGGUUGUUUUUCUAAGCAACAUGCUCGGCUUUGGGUUGUUGGGGGGCUUUUUGUUUGUUUUGGU